AUGGAGAGUUUCGACACCAUGGCCGCCAUGCCUUAUCUAGGCAGCCCGUUAUCCAUUGCCAAUAUACAAAAUACGGACUAUCUCAAUGCGAUGCCCUCCCUGGAGAUUCCAGAGUCCCAUUCAACUUACGAAAAUGAUGCGUUUGUUAGCGGCGACGAUAUUGGGUUUUCGCAACCUCAAAUGCCAGCGCACCCUAUGCGACGCUUUUCCAGUAAUCACUUUGACGACCCUUUCCCAGAAAUGAUGCCUCCCUACGAAACGCUACCGUCCGACCAGCAGCCGCAACAGGAUGCCUCCAUCAACCACAACCACAAACUGCUCAGCUUUUCCAUACCCAUGUACAACUUCACCCUGUUAGAUUACUCACUGCGACGAAUCUCAAUCUCUAUGGCUGCGCAGCUACAUGGCAUGUUCUUUCUUGCCGAAUCGCCUUGGACUGCUUCACCAAUUACCAAACCUAAUGGGCCACCCCCAAUGGCUGAAUUAACAUGUUACAGGCGAAACCUCUUCCAGGUUACAGGCUCAGUGACGCUGCCUCGUUCAAUGAGAUAUAUCAUGACAGACCAAGGCGAUCGCAUUCCGAUUCUUGCGCAGGAACUCACUGUGUCCGCAACAGAGUCGGUUGAAGGUCAAGAUAUAGAUUCGGAAUAUGCCACGUUCUCAAUUGCCUGGAAACGCCUGCAGUUCCGCAUUGCUACUGCGAAUAAUGGGAGGAGGAAGGAGUUACAGCAGCACUUCGUCGUGAGACUGAAGAUUGUCGCGACGUUAUCCACUGGUGCUAAAAUCCCCAUCUGCGAGGCCCAUUCCGGACCCGUAAUCGUGCGUGGUCGUAGCCCAAGGAAUUUCCAAUCGCGAAAGGAUCUACCACUUAGCGGCAGUGCUGCAUCUUCAAGAAAACACGUCCAGGCAAAUGCUAACCGAACCGCAACAAGUGAGACUGCUUCUUCCCAACUGGGAACAACGAAACGCAGCAAGUCUCCCCAGGACCAGGAUAAGAAACCGCAGCUACCAUCUCCAACGUAUGCGGACUGGUCGCAGACAAUACCCAGCACUUCUGCAGCUCUCCCAACCCCAACUUUUUCAAACACCACGGUAAAUGACACGGCCUUGCCAUAUGCUCAAUCCAGUCCAGAAGUACCACAGCCCCGCGAAAAGCGGCGACGUAUUAGCGUCACGGGACAACCAAUCAGUCUUUCAUUCGCUGACGACGGCUCAAGCCCAGUAAACUCCGGCGGAGACUCCACGGGCACAACCCCAAUCAUGCAAGUUCCCGCCAUGCUGCCCAGCCAGAGACAGCAGGACAUCAACGGAUCCCCCAUCGAUGCCUCGCAGAAGAUCCCUGCCGUCCCGCAAACAAAACGUCAACCUCUAGCUCACAACCGCAAUUCCUCAGGCAACGUGCCCACUCUAAGCCAACAGCAACAGCUCCCGAUUCUGGCGUCCCAGUUAUUAAAUCCCAAUGAGACCGCUGAUCUUCUGUAUGAAUACUUCCCGCUCGGUUUGGAUGAUUGGCAAGCACCUGUUGACGCUGUCUAUCGACCCCACGUUGUUCACCAUAUGCACUUGCCGGAUGAUCCUAAGGCCAUCGCUGCAAAGAGCCGGAGCAGGACGUAUUUUAUUGAAGGGAGCUAA